UGGAGAGACAGUACCAGGACCUGACGCAACAGCAUCAGGAGUUGGCACAACUCCGCCGCAUGGUGCAGAGCCACGAGGAUGCAACCCGGGCACUCAAUGCCCGAUUGCUGGACCUAGAACAGGCUGUACCAGGACCAACUGCUGGGGCUUCCAGCAGUGCACCCUCGAGCCGCCAACUGGAGGACCGCGUUGACCACGUAGUGGCAAUGCUCGGCGACAUCAGCACCUUCGCUGCGCCGACCACCACCAUCAGCAGUCAGCUGCAUACAUUGAAGACCGAGGUCCAGCAGCUGCAGACGACGAACGGGGAUGGCAAUCCGAAGAUGUAUCAGAUGCCAACCUUCAAUCUGGAGAGGUUCGGCGACUACAUGCAGCAGGAUCCGGUCCUCUGGUGGGAAGCAUUCACAACACAACUCAGGAUUCUGCCCGUAGCCAAGCAUGCGUACAUCGGCGCCCUGUUCCUGAACUCAAAGGGCGGAUGCCAGACCUGGUUGAGCCACCUGGCAACCUCCCACGGCGUCGACGUACCAGACUUGAAGGACGUAAUCACAUGGGAGGAACUGACACGGCUGUGGAAGAAGCGGUUCAUCGUCGACGACGCGCCGGCACUCGCCAUCAACCGUUUGUUCACCAUGUCACAGGGCRACACARCAACACGGGACUGGCUCACGGAGUGGCAGAAGAUUGCGGUUGUGCCCAAUCUGAACUUACCAUUUGAGCAUCUACGCCGUGAGUUCUACAACAGGUCCUGUGUUGCAUUGAGCCAAGCUCUUGGUGAUCGCGAGCAGUACUCAACCUUUGCUGAGAUUAUUGACAAAGCAAGGGAGAUCAUCAAGACCAACAGGUCAGCUGCACACGAGAAAUCAAUAUCAUGGCAGCCGACCUAUGUGGAGAAGGUACGAACUGGUCCGCGACAGCAGCACUUCGCUGCAGUCCAGCAGGACAGUGGAGAUAACCCGGCAGCCACUCCAGCAUCAAGUGACGGAGAUCAAGUGCCCGUUGUCCAGCCGCGAAGCACCAACAAGUCCCGCAACAAUGGGAAGGCGAAAUCCGCAUCGCAGGCCGGAAAUGGACAGCGAGGACAGUUUCCAUGGGUCAAGUUUGGCUUGACCGAGGUGGAGUACAAGUAUACCGAGGAUUAUGCUGUCCACUUGGUUCCACCGUUGGACCAACCGCUCCACGUGCAACAGUCCACCGCAUGCACGAUUUCAUCACCAUCGGCAACCAAUUCGGCAGCUUCGCCGCAAUCUGUCGUCGGGGAUUCGACGUCAUGGUCAAGACUUGAAGAGCUCGACCCAUUGACGUUCACGGACUUCGAGUGGAUGCCCGUUCCCUCGACCGGACGAUUGUCGAAACCGCAUUGCAACGUGCUUAUGGCACAAUUGCGGGACUACUUGCACAUUGCAGUACCAGCUCCGUUGAUGGACGCCUCGCGUACAUCGCGAAGAUCGACCGCGAGUUCAAGACGCAACGUGGUGGAGGUUCCUUAUAGCAUCCUAGCAGAUAUUGGUGUGUCGGCGGAACUGAUGGCUACAGCUGUGGCACACAUUGUCAAAUCAGGGCAGCUGGAAGGGGAUGAAGAUCUGGAGGCAAGAGCACACGCCAUCGACUGUGAAAGAUUCUACAGAAGUGAUGCUUCAGAUUGCUCCUCGUGGGACGGGGACGACGAAAGAGAAAGGCUGGAUUUGCAAUCCGAUCUAGUAAAAGAUGGUAGUGGACAGAUUGAGCUAGACGGAUUAGCCACCACGGGAGAAAAUGCACUCCCCCCAUCAAAGGGCAACGGACCAAGGACCGCUCAGACGAUCAGGAACGCCGGCCCUCUCCCACGCAUCGACGACCUUCUCGAGCGAUUGGGCGGCGCCCAGUUCUUCUCUAAGUUGGAUCUCAAGUCAGGGUACCACCAACUCGAGAUUCGCAAGGAGGAUCGCGACAAGACCGCAUUCAAGACUCGGUAUGGCCAUUUCGAAUGGCUGGUCAUGCCAUUUGGCCUUACGAAUGCCCCAGCCACUUUCCAAGCGGCUAUGACGACGGAGUUCCGACACAUGCUGGAUCGUUUCGUACUUAUCUACCUCGACGACAUUCUGGUUUACAGCCGGAGUCUGGACGAGCAUGUGGAACACCCGCGCACCGUUUUGGAGCGGCUACGACAGGCCAAGCUCAAAGCAAACCGCAACAAGUGCGAGUUCGCACAGCAGGAGCUGGAGUACUUGGGACAUUGUGACGCCACAAGGCAUCCGUCCGCUUGCGGACAAGAUCGAGGCCCUACGAGCCAAGCCCUGAAAGUCCCGGCGGGUGCAUGGCUGCGUCGGAGAAAAAUGGCUGGGAAAAGUCCUGGUGGUCUAACUGUUCCUCCACCAUCAAUGCAGCUUGUCUCCCACAGAUACUAUCAGCGAUUCAUCACCGGAUACUCCAGGAUUGCUGCACCUAUGACGAGUUUACACUCGCCAAAGGUGCCAUUCGUAUUCGAUGACGACGCACACCGGUCAUUCCAAGCACUUAAGACGGUUAUGCUCAUGGCACCCGUCCUUAGCAUCUAUGACCCCAGCCUGCCGACGCGAGUGACUACGGACGCUUCCGGCUAUGGCAUUGGGGCAGUCUUGGAACAGCACGMCGRCRACGAYUGGCACCCUGURGAGUAUUUCAGCCACAAAGUGCCUCCCAUCAACUCGCUUGAUGAUGCAAGGAAGAAGGAGCUGCUCGCAUUCGUGAUGGCUCUCAAACGCUGGCGGCACUUCCUCCUUGGGCRUCGUAGGUUCACAUGGAUCACAGACAACAAUCCAUUGACCUACUACAAGACGCAGGACACGGUGAGCAGCACGAUCGGACGAUGGAUGUACUUCAUCGACCAAUUUGACUUCACUCCGAAGCAUCUAUCUUCGGAUCACCCGCCGGCCAGCCAUUACCGCAUUGCCGACGGGUACUUGCUCCUCCACUCGAGAGGCAAGGACUUACUAUGUGUCCCAAGCGACCGUCGUCUUCGGACUCGCCUCCUCGGCGAGUACCAUGAUUCACGACUCGCCGUCCAUUUCAGAGUCAACCGCACUAUCGCACGGCUUCGACAACGAUUCCGAUGGCCCGACCUCAUUACCGAUGUCACUCGGUAUUGCGACUCUUGCGAAGUUUGCCGACGCAGCAAGCCCCGCAACCGCAAUCCCUACGGCGAGUUACACCCGAUGCCUAUCCCACGGGAACCCGGUCUCUCCAUUGCCAUGGACGUCACCGGUCCGUUUCCUCUCGACCGGCUCGGGCACGACGGCAUCCUCACGGUUGUGGACCAAUUGAGUAAGUACGCGCGUUUUCUUCCUUGCAAGUACUACUCCACGGCUCCCGAGCUGGCAUACCUCCUGCACACUGGUUGGAUUUGUGGCCACGGUGUACCAGAAGACAUUGUCAGCGACCGCGACACUCGUUUCAUGUCGGCGUUUUGGACUGCUCUCAUGCAGGAGUCCGACACAACAAUGAAACCAAGUUCAGCCCGACACCCUCAGACAGACGGGCAGACGGAGCGGGCACAUCAGACCGCUCAAAUGAUGCUUCGUACGCUCAUCCGUCCGGACCAGAAAGAUUGGGUUGACCGCCUCCCCGAUAUCGAGUUCGCCUACAACACUUCAGUGCAUCUGGCGAUCGACGUGACUCCACUCGAGUUGCACCACGGUGGACGGAAAGGCCGGAUCUUCGCCGACCUUCUCCUCCCUCGACCAACCGACAUCGACGCUGCCUGCUCUCCUUCUUCCGUCCGGAAGUACAGAGAAUUGUUGACUCAAGCCCGUGCAAAUAUGCAAAAGGCUCAAGUCCGCAUGCAGCAGCAAGCCAACAGGCGUCGCGUACCAUGUCCCAUCCGCGCCGGUGAUCUGGUUUGGGUCUCCGCGGAAGAGUUUGCACUGGAACAGGAUGUUUCACGCAAACUGCUUCCCAAGUGGUUUGGACCUUGGUCUAUGACAGCAGCCGCGGGCGAUGAGCCCGAUGGCCCUUCCUUUGUGAUCAACAUUCCAGAGCAUCUGACGGUCCAUUCAGUCUUCCACGCCUCGAAGCUGGCAACUUACACGCCAGCCAAGAGCGACGACUUUCCGGACCGACGAUCGCAGGACCCUCCUUCUAUGGAUGGCCAUCAGGAAGUUGACCUCGUCAUCUCCGAUCGCAAGUACGGCAGCAAGCCGCGGCAGUAUAAAGUCACAUUCAAAGCAUGCAAUCGCGACGACACUCGGUGGAUAUCAGGCGCAGAUUUGAAAGCAUCCGCACCGCUGAUCUACGCGCAUUAUGAAAAGCGCAGGUUAGCUCAGGAAGCUUCNNNCCCCCGCCGGUCUCAGGGGGAUACCUGGGUCUAUGUCUGUCCAAUUUCUAAACCUGAGUUUGUAAUCUCUCCGCAGAACCGCUUCCUCCUCCUGUGGUGAGUUGUCUGUCCAUAAUACGUCCGCAAUCCAUCCCCCCCUGUCCCCUCCCAACCAGUUCCGACAGAACCGCGUGAUGGUCCCUCUAAAAUCCUUUCAGCAGUGGAACAAAUCCAGUUUUGUUUG